UUUUAGUGGUGGAAGUAAUGAAGUACACAUACCGUGUUUCUAUAUUUGAGUAGAUUUUUCAGGAAUCUGUGCUUUACUUGAGUAUUUGUUUCUCUACGUACUUUUUUGUGAGUGUGUGUGUCGAUAAACACACGAGAGCAAAGGUCAAGUUCAAAGUUUGCCUAGGGACGAGUGUUUCUACGAUAGUGCACAAUAUGAUAUAUGUGUGUGUUUUGAGGCUUUUUCUGUGAGCGGUCGCCAUGGUCACGCUCGGACGGACGGCACUGCUUCACUGCCUGCUGUUUUCAGCCAUCUUGGCGCUGAUUGUCUUGGUCAGCUCUGUGUGGCUCCCUCAGGGUGGCGACGGAGACUGUGGCCCUGCACACUUUCCAUGCGGGACGUAUAGAAAAACGCCUCAACCUCCAUUGGCGGAGCCUGACAGAGCCCCGCCCCUCAUCCGGGAAUGCCCCGGCCAAUCGUUUCAGGCCUCGCGUCUGCUGCGCUUUUUGACGUCCAGCCUCUCCGUUGCCGACGAUGUCCUGCUGGAGCCGUACCUGCAGAGCUGGGAUCAGCUGAUCACCUUCAUGGAGUCUCUGGGACCCGUGGUCUCGUUCUUCUCUCAGAAGGUCAAGGAGAAGUUGGAGCUGAUACGACGGCUGGCUGGCACACCUGGGCCGAAGCGGGCGGCGUACCGCUCAGUGCGUUCCAUGGCAGAGGUGGAGAUACGAGCAGGUGUGGUGGACUUUACCCGGCGAACAGAUUCGGGCUGCAGGACGCUGCUGCGUUUGCAUCGCUCCCUGCUAUGGCUCGCCAUGACGCUGGACGGCCUGACGCACGCGCCCGACCGGCACGGACGCCUCAAGACACCCGGCGAGCUCAGCAGCGACGCCUACCAGGUGGCGCUGGCCCCCCACCACCCGUGGGUGCUCCGGCAGGCCGCAGAGCUGGUCUUCGUCGCCCUCCCCGACCGGGAACACUUCCUGCGGCUGGUGUGCGCCCAGAAUCAGCCCGAGGCAGAGCCCGUCCUGCGUGUCAUCAGCCGCGCUCUCGAGAAGGUGCACGGUGCGACGCAGCGCAUUCUCGAGGAGCACGCCAUGCUGGACCUGCCCUGAAGGCGCUCCCGUGUUACGGAGGGACAAAGUGCAGUGCCGAACGGAUGAAGAAAGUCAUUUAUUGAUUAUUGAAUGGACAUGCAGACAGGAAACAUUCACAUGUAAAACCAAUUAACAAUCAAUAGCACAGAAACA